AUGGCGGCUUCUUGGAGCACAUGUACGAAUAAUCUUGGGAAAAAUGCUCCAGAUCAGCUCUAUGAACUGACCGUGAACUGGACGGUGAGGUGGUGGAAGUUGAAGGUCGGGCUGAGCCCCGGAGCGGACCCCGAAUACCGGCCCCACUCAUCCGUUACCCCAAAAGCCGGCUGCCGAGGUAACAUUCCGAGGGAUCGUGUCAGAACCAUAUCACUCUACCCAAAAUGUGAUGACAUUGACGAAACCUCGGAUUCAGGAAGCUCCCGCAGAAAAGCUUGUUCCAGAAGCAAGGUUCCUCAGGUAGGGCAGCUCUGCCCGCUGCCAAAAGGGUCGUUCCGCACUGAUGCAUUUUCGUCCGAGCACCCUCCUUUCCGAAAGAGGAGAGGAAAAGGAACGAAAAGUUGGAAUGGACAGGAUGAUUCCCUGGCUUUAGGGGACUACCGAUUGGCAGUCGGCCAUCCCAUUCCUUUCCCCAGCUUCCCAGAGCUUGAAGCUUCGAAGCAUCCCACCCCAAAAGCACUCACUCCAGAGCUGCAUGUUUCCAAAGAGCUCCCCGCACUCAGCGGGAUCAUCGACUUACUCGACAGCCUAGCGGUGUUCGUAUCACAAAGCGCAUGCUUUCGCAUCACGCAUUGGAUGCAUGCGCGACUUGCGUCUAGGUGCACACACGUGGCGCCAGUUGGCGCCGUCUCAAGAAAGUCAUCCAGUCUAGGUACAUUAGCAGUAUUACACACAUCUUACUACAGUAAAACAAUAUCUCCCUUUUGUCCGAAUAUGCACUUCAUUCGACGUCCCCAAGACAUCCCCAGUCUUCUUACAUCCUCAAUCUUGUUCACAUCCCCAGUCACGCUUCGUCGUUAUUCCUCGUCUAUACCUAGUCCGUCCGCUCAGCUACUGACCGCCAUUACCUCUUCAAACCUGUGCCUCCUGCGCAACCCUGUCCCCAGGAUAAGGGUAGCUGGGCGCGCAGGUAUCAAUUUACCCCAUAGACAAGGUCUCGGCUCGGCUUCCAACCCAACACCAGCCAAGCUCCAAACCCCAACCGCCCAAUCACAUCCCCUGACCCCAGAAAUCAGAUACCGCACCGCCCGCCGCCAACCUGCGUGUCCCGCAUGUCGCGUGUCCCGCUUCCCCCCUCCAUGUCUCCGUCAAAGCACCGUACCACUGCCCACUAGGUACCCAUCGCCACCGGUUCCAGACCAACACACCACCCACUCACACUGCCUCUACGUCUCGCUUCCGUCUCUCCCUAUUCGCAGCAGCAAUAUCUCCCUUUCCCUUUCCCUUGACCGCACCGCAAAACCCAUACCACGGCAUUCGUUCCUCACGUCAAAUUCCCCCCUCUUAGGAUUCCCAUCCCCGGUCUCCGCAGUUCCAGUUCCUUUCGGCACUAGUGACAUCUUCCCCGUCCUUCCCCAACAAAAACACUUUCCACCUGUCACCAUGCAACCCAAAGCCGCAAUGCCCGUCCCUCAGAUCCGCCCGGCAAUGUACGUCUUCUCCCCCUUCCUCGCUCACACACUCCCUCCCUCCCUCCUCCCAAAAAGCCGCCGACACUUCCCGCCGACAUCCUCCCGCCACCGAGGUCUCAUCGUCGUAACCGCAGCCGUCACAGCCGUCGCCGUAAGCUUCAGAUACACCGCCCUCUCCCGGAGAACAAACGACCAGAACCAGUGCUCCAGCAAUCCCUACUACGUCAGCGUCGACCGGAGCGGCGGCGGGAUCUAG